UAUUCUUUAAUGACUUGCGUUUAACAUGAAUAUGAGACUGUAAAACAGUUUCCCGUAAAAUCAAUAAUCUGCUCCAAUAAAAAAAUGGACCGUUUUCAUCAGGGUUUGUGCUAUGGCAUCGACAUUGUAGAAUGUGAUUGGCUCAUGGCAUCGGCACUGUAGAUUGUAGGAGGCACGGAUCAUUAAACAAGUUACAAUGUAUACUCUCGAUCUCUACUGCACUCGGUAGCACGCAGUGGAACAAAUCGUAGUAUCCCCAGUCCAAAUAAAGCAUGGGAUAUUAAUGCAGUUUGAUCAAAGUAGAGAUGGUGUAACGGGAAUGUGUAGGGCCCAGGUGGAUUAACAUGGAGUUCAGCGAUACAUACAAACAAACAGGAGCUUGCUCUUUCUCCCCGAAUGCGCGCUAUUUGGCUGUUGCAGUUGACUACAGACUGGUCAUUCGAGAUGUCAUCACCCUCAAGGUUGUACAGUUGUAUUCAUGCUUGGAUAAGAUUAGCCAUAUUGAGUGGGCUCUUGAUUCAGAGUAUAUCCUCUGUGGCCUAUAUAAGAGAGCAAUGGUUCAAGUCUGGUCAAUAUCACAACCUGAAUGGACUUGCAAGAUAGAUGAGGGGCCUGCAGGAAUUGCCAAUGCACGAUGGAGUCCAGACAGCCGUCAUAUAAUAACAACAUCUGAUUUUCAGUUGCGUCUAACAGUUUGGUCUCUUGUCAACACAGCAUGUGUACAUGUACAGUGGCCCAAACAUGCAUCCAAAGGUGUUUCAUUCACACGGGAUGGCAAAUUUGCAGCUAUUGCUACAAGGCGAGACUGCAAGGACUAUGUGAAUCUUUUAUCCUGUCAUACAUGGGAGGUUAUGGAGACAUUCUCUGUUGACACAGUAGAUCUUGCAGAUGUGGAAUGGUCUCCAAAUGACAGUGCAAUUGUCAUUUGGGGCUCCCCAUUGGAGUACAAGGUUCUUAUUUACUCUCCAGAUGGACGGUGUCUCUUUAAAUAUCAAGCUUAUGAAAGUGGAUUAGGUGUGAAGACUAUUGCAUGGUCACCAUGUGGCCAGUUUUUGGCAGUGGGUAGUUACGAUCAGAUUUUACGGACCUUGAACCACCUCACUUGGAAACCUUUUGCAGAAUUUGUGCAUAACAACAUUAUUCGAGGUCCUGCCAGUGCUGUUGUUUUCAAGGAAGUAGAGGAACCAUGGCAGCUUGAUAUGUCAGGCCUUUACUUGAAUGAUGAUAUUCCUCAUGAUGUCCAAAAUGGCAAUCCUGAGAAUGCAGCUGAAGGUCAUUCUAGAGUCCGUUACAAGGUUGUGGAAUUCCCUGUGAAUAUACCUUCACAAAAGCCUCCACUGGAUAAACCAAAUCCCAAACAAGGAAUUGGCUUACUGUCUUGGAGUAAAGAUAGCCAAUAUUUGCUUACUCGCAAUGACAAUAUGCCAACAGCACUUUGGAUAUGGGAUAUUUGUCGCCUUGAGCUUGCUGCACUACUAGUACACAAAGACCCUAUUCGUGAAGCUGCCUGGGAUCCUAUAUAUCCCCGUGUGGCCAUUUGUACAGGAAGCUCACAUUUAUACAUGUGGACACCCUCUGGUGCCUGUUGUGUAAAUGUUCCUUUGCCCCAGUUUCUUGUUUCGGACUUGAAAUGGAACCCAGAUGGAACAUCCUUACUUCUUAAGGACCGUGAAUCUCUAUGUUGUACUUUUGUGCCUAUGCUUCCAGAUUUUAAUGAUGAUGCAACAAGUGAAGAGUAAGUACUACUCAACUAGCCUGGAAUAGUAUGCAUCCAGCAAGUGCAUCCUUAUGUGUUAACCUUCAUCAAACUGCCCAUAGCCUGUGUAAUUUUAACUUGUUAUUGACAUGCUAAUUCACACAACAGCAAUGGUUUUCUCUCGUGAGUUUGUGGUUCUCGGUAUAAGUUGACAUUUGUUAUUGAGUUGUAACACAUGAAACUUGAACAUUGACCACUACAAGAUUCAUUCAUAUGCUAAGAUCUCAGUUACCAAAAUCUACUUAAAAGCUUUAACUAUGUAGUAAA